CGCGCGGCGCCGCGCGGUGCUCCUCCAGCCACGCCCUCCCUUCUCUCUUUCUCCAUCUCCGUCUCGCACGCGUACAGCUGUGCGGGACCGUCUCGCGUCGGGUACCCGCAGCAUCAGCAACACAAAAGGCAUCGGAGCAGCCGGGGCCUGCGGGGUUUCCUCGGCGGCGGAGGAAGGCGGCUUCAAGCACAAACAGAGCGAAGACGGCAGGGCAAAUUCCAGCCCCUCAGACGGCUGUUUGGGAAGAAAAAGAAAAGGGAAGCAUGGAGAGGAUUUAAUGGAGAAGAGUUAAAAACUCGUUUUUCAACAGUAGAGGUGUGCGGCGGAGUCGUGUCUGACAAUGAGGAGUCUCAUAAAAAUCUGAGGGAAGUGAAUUCCAUCGGAUCUCGAGCUUUCUCCCACGACAGCAUCUUUAUUCCAGAAGAUCCCCUGAAGAAUCUGAGACUGGAUCACAACAUGUCCCAGGAAAACGUUUCAGAUAAAGUCAGAAAUCUGCAGCGACAGAUAGCACAAGGUAUAAAGUUUGGCCAGAGGCCCUCUUCUCUUAGGAGGAGUGAGGGAGAUGAGGGCAGCUCGGAUGAGGAAGAGGUUCCCCGAAGUCCUCUGAAGGUCGUGGCUCAGGUAGAAGCUGAGCCACCAAGUGCAGAACCGAAGGUCCAAGGAGCGCAUCCGUCUGGGCAGCACAGCACCCCGGUCAAGUCCCCGAGGUCCAAACGAGUUUCUCCACCAACUGGUACCAUCGAGUCCAUCAAUCUAGAUGCUGUCCCACAGACGGGCCCGUGCUUGGACAAUACUGCUGCCAAGCACAAACUAUCCGUUAAGCCCAAAAACCAAAGGGUUUCCCGCAAACACAGACACUUCACACAGGACCUCCAGGAGGUGUCUAUACCUGGAGUCGUCCAGGAAGGCAUGGAGGCUGUAGGAGUCUUCUUAGAUGACCAGCGCAGAGCAUCUGUUGAGGAUUACAGAGACAGCCUGAAGAAACAGAGACUUCAUGAGGAGGAAAGACAGGAGGCUAGGAGGAGGAGAGAACUGGAGGAGCAGAGGCUCAGAGAGGAGGAAGAGGAGAGGAGGAAGAGAGCAGAAGAGCAGAGGCUGCGUGAACUUGAGGAAGAGAGGUGUCGUAGGCAACAGCAGGAGGAGCAGGAGAGGAGCAUGAGAGAGGAGGCCGAGCAAAGGAGGAGGGAAGAGGAAGAAAAGAGGAUCAGAGAAGAGAGGAGGAGGAGAGAGGAGGCUGAGAGAAGAAUAAGGGAGGAGGAGGAAAGGCUGAUCAGAGAAGAGGAAAGAAGGCAGAGAGAGGAGGAAGAACGAGUGAGAAAGGCAGAAGAGGAAAGGAAAAUGCGAGAAAAAGAGGAGUGUCAACAGCGAGAGGAGGAAGAGAGGAGGCAACUGGAAGAGCAGAGAAGAAGGGAGGAAGAGGAAAGAAAGAGGCGAGAAGAGGAAGAAAGAAGGAAGCAAGAGGAGGCAAGAAGGCAAAAGGAACUUGAGACAGAAAAGAGGAGGAAGCAAAAGGAGGAGGAGGAGGAAAGGAAGAAAAAAGAAGAGGAGAAACUUAAGUUGCAGGAAAUGGAGGAAAGGUUGGGGAAAAGGGAGCAGCAGAGGAGGACGUUAGACGAAGCUGAAGUGAGUUCUGAUGAACAAGAGAGGAAGAGGAGAGCCGAGGAGCAGCGCUGGAAGGAGAUGGAGGACAGACAGAGGCCUUUCUCCUUCAAAGUCUCCUCUGGAGAGAAACAGAUUCUCUUCCAGAGGGUCAACCUGACUCCUGUUACACCAACACAUAGCCACCAGAGCACUGCUGCUGCUGAUCAAAGAGAAGGAGCCAAGGCCUCCUCCCCCGAAGGGCCAGACUCCCCCACUCUGCCAGCAUCUCCGUAUGUCCCUCAUACCGCCAUCUUGGUGACAGGCGCCCAGCUAUGUGGGACAGCUGUCAAUUUAGACCAGAUCAAAGACACUGCAUGUAAGUCCCUGCUGGGUUUGGGGGAGGACAAAAAGACCCAAGGGACAGUGUCAACAAAGGGCAAGACGUCUCCGGAUCGCAAGUCUGGAAAAACCAGAUCGCUCAACGAAUCUGCCUUCUCUACAGACCAGUCCAGUGCAGCGGUGCUGGCAGAAUGGGCGACCAUCAGGUCAAAAAUCUUCAAGGGGGUAGAGGAUGGGAAGUAUGAUGAAUAUCCAGACCCCCCAAACAGGAAUCCGCCUCAGACAGACAGUGAGGAACAACAGCCUCCGUUUGGUCACGCAAACCUCAGAAAGACCAUGUCUGCUAGUGCCAAGUUCUCCAUCACCCCCGCAAAAAAGAAGUUUGGAGAUUCAAAUAGGAACUCUGAGGUUUUUGGUUCAGACAAGAAAGAUGAGGGAGAGGAAGAUGCUCGAUCUGAUAGCCCCACCGCAGUCUCCCCAGCUCCCCCCACCAAACCUCAGAGCAGGACGAGUAAAUCUGUCCGUAUUCUAGAAAGAGGCUCAGAGGAGUGCAUGUUUGCCAAAGACCUCCCGUCAUUCCUGGUUCCAAGCCCAGGAGAAAGACCUGAUGGGCUAGAGUUGAAGAGCCGGCUUCAGACCAAAUCAGAGUCUGAGAGCAGAGAGGAGGGAGAGGGGCGAGGACUGGAUGGCGAGGAUAAUUCCUCUCCUUUUGGCAUAAAGCUGCGGAGGACCAACUACUCCCUGCGUUUUCACAGCGAACAGUCGGCAGAGAAAAGGAAGAAGCGCUACAGUGCUGGGGACAAUUUUGAAGGAGUUCCUUCACCCCUCACCCCAAUUGAACCAGACUCUGAUGCCUCCUCAGUAUUUUCUGACAAAUCAAGUCCCACAUCACCUCAGAACGAGGGGAUGAUUGGCAAGUACUUGCAUGCCUCUGCCUCCCCCGCCAUAACCAGGGGGAGGCAGAGUAAAUCUACCGGCUCAGCUGCUCACAACGAAGGUGAGAAAGUGCUUACCAAACCACCCAUCUACCGUAGACCACCAACGUCGCCCAAACCUUCUGGUGCAGUAUCAACUCCUCCUCCAUCUCCGUUACCUAAAGCAGCCCACGGCUUCCCCAGUGAAGAUGCGAUCCAAAGGACAGAGAGCCCAGAUUCAUUCAUCCAGGAGCCGGCCAGCAGGAGCAAGGAACCAUCAGCGGUGGCCCAGCUGCUCCGAAGCAGCCACAGCCAGGUCCAACUGGAAGAUGAGCCAAAAGAGAGGAGAUCCUUCUUCCCCUCUAUUAACAUCCCAUGGAGAGAGAAGACAGACAGAAAAACGGAGCUCGUCAAGAGAGAGAAACCAUCCCUACAGAGCAGACACUCACUGGACAGUGCAAGGGCUCAGGAGAAGGAGGCCGGGCCCUUAUGGAUCACACUGGCUCUGCAGAAGCAGAAAGGGUUCAGGGAGCAACAGCAGAACCGUGAGGAUCGUCGAAGCCAAAGAGAGGUCAAACUGGCAGAAAAGCAAGCUAGAGAGAGAGACAGUGUAGCGCUGGUGAGUCCCACGGAGUGCAAAGGAAGUCCGUCCUCCAAACCCCAGACACCAGAGGAACACAAGAGGCCCGACAGCCUCCUGGGGCGGCUUGAUCGUCGAGAUCCCCUGAAAAAGGCCAACACUUUACCGAGCUCUGUCACUGUUGAGAUCUCGGAUGUAACACCAUCUCCGCCCGCUGUCAAGGACGUGUCAAAGCGCUUCCCCUCCAGCGACGCUCCCCAGGUGUCCACGGAGCCCGCCUGGCUGGCGCUGGCCAAACGAAAGGCCAAAGCCUGGAGUGACUGUCCCCAGAUCAUCAAAUAACACCUCUACCCAAGCUUCACGGUCUGCAUGGAGACCGCGCACUGCCCACAGACACCGAGCACCCAGAGUCAAGAGUCGAUGUCACUCACCCCACCCCAACAAAAGAAGGAAGAAAACACCACAUCUUCCAAUACAAGAACUCCUGAUUGGUCCCCUCCACACACUGGCUGCUGAAGUGUGCUUCACAUUCAAAUACUCCCAAUACAAUCACACAGAUACAUGUAAACAAGUUUUGAGCGCAUGCACAUAUUGGAUACAAACACACUAAGUGUGUGUUCUCUUGAAUGCAAAGUCCUCAGCAGCCAAUCACAGCCAUGGCUGACCACUAGUAGCCAACUUUUCUUUCUUUUUUCUAUAUUGGAGCCAACUGUAUCACCAUGGUUGUAAAUACAUCACUUGCUCGACUCAACACGUCUUUAUUAAAGAGGUGACGGACAGCCGUGUUUGGUCAGCAGAAGGUCUCUGUCUGAAUCGUGCUUCAAGGGCUACCAGUUAAAAACGUAACUCAGCAAGAGCGUUCCUCUGGUGGAAGUGUUGCAGGCUCCGCCCUUCAGUAUGUACAGCUGCAGAUUUCUCUACACUCACACUAUACUUGUGUCUUUUAUCUGAGCCUUGUCAUGUAAAAUGUUUGUUUCUUUAAAAAAAUCAGACUGGAAGCCUUAGCUCGACGAUUCUCACUGUGUCCGUGAUGACUGUGAUCGCUGCUCAUUGGUGACAUCAGUCCAGACCAACGAGGACCACUCAGCAUCCCCACAGCCACCUGGACUCUGCUUUGGCGUGGAGACAGAGUCUCCUAGCGUGUUGUGUUAGUAGGCUCAUGCCAUCACACAGUGUCAGUACAUGAAAAAAGAGUUUAAAUCCUCCUUCCUGUCCCACUCUUAUUGAUCUGUAAGUAUUUAGUGUGGGACGGAGGCGUUACCGGAGCUUUGCUCGGAGAGAGGCGGAGUCACUUUGUCGUUUUCUUUCUAACUUUGGUCGUGCACAACAGUGUCGUGUACACAGUGUUAUGUGUAACAAGAAAUGUUUGGUAUCAUUUGCACUUUUUUCGUCCCACUUAGAGAUAUUCAUGAGAAGGUUCUUCACAGAAACAAAAUGUUCUGAAUAAUGUAAAAUAAAAGCUGAUGUCUGAACCAAAAGGA